AUGACUGCGAGGCCUCUCUCGAUCGGUCCUACCUUGGUGUUGGCAGUAGGAGUCGGUGCGGCCCUAUACGCUCUUUAUUCCUCUAACAAGAGGAAGAACGAUAAAACCGAAGGAAAUGAUGAUCCUGUUGUGGCGAGGAUUGACGAGCUUAUAGUAUAUCCUAUAAAGUCGGCAUCAGGAGUUCGAGUAGAUGAGUGUGAGUUAACAUGGAAAGGCCUCAAGUACGAUAGGAGUUACUCUAUUGUUGUACCCGUAGUAGAAGAGUCUGAUCAGAGCCCAUCUCCUCACACUGCCCAAUACCGCGCCUUGAGCCAAGCCAAGACGCCUCGAAUGAGUCUGAUUCACCCAGCAUUGCCUAACGCCCAAGGCAUUACAAUAGAGUUUAUCGAGAGUGGGGAGAAGCCCUCAUCGAUUCACGUACCUCUGUUGAUGAACGGUCGAAGGAUCACCAUCGUUUUAUGGGGUAACACUGCAGUUGGAAUUGACCAGGGUGACGAGGCUGCACAGUGGUUGAGUGAUCAUCUCGACAUACCCGGAACUCGACUACUGAAGGCAGUGGAUGAUGAGGAACUCACGAGGUAUCUGGCUGCUGCCCAGAACCGUCCAGAUGCGCAUCAUCUCGAUUACCAUUAUAUACGCCCUCUUGAUGUGCUCUCCCGAGCAUCGGUCGCUCAAGUGGUGGCACAUGUUCCAGUUGAAGUGGGACGACGUAUGGACCAUCGACGCUUCAGAGCUAAUAUCAUCCUAGAUGGUUGUUCUCCAUUUACAGAGGAUAAGUAUUCUACGCUCGAAUUCCAAGACAAUUCGUUACUCAAGAUUGACCUUGACAGAUUAUGCGAUCGAUGUGUGAUCCCUUCGGUUGAUCCCGAUACGGGGAUAAAGGACACGGAAACGAAUGAGCCCUUUCCGACCCUCCUCAGCUACCGUAGAGGCAAGACGAUAAUGAAUAGUUGUCACCCACGACAUAGACAGUUUCUCGCUGAACACAGCAAGUUGCCAUUCCUAGGCGUUCAUGCUACACCAAGGUUUGCUGAGGGAGCAUCUAGCCGUCAAGUUGUCAGAGUUGGAGAUGUCGUGCGCUUCGUAUAGGCUUCUCGUGAUUGCGCAGUUGUUACUGGUUUACUUACAUACGUCAAUUUACUACCACCCGUAUUCCUACGUACCUUAUUCAUAAACACGGUAUAUAGAGG